UGUAAAUAAGUAUAUGUUUAUGACUGAACAAAUAUUGCCUAGUAUGAAUUAUUUCAACCUAGUGAUCAGCUGUUGCAAUCUGACAUUGGCUAUUUCCGUCACUGAAAGUUUCUCUAACUUGGUACACUAUUGUGGAAUAUUUUGACAUAUGUUUCUUGUUUUCUCUCCCCCACUCGCUUUCUCUCUCUCUCUCUCACUCCAACCUUUGUUGUCCAUAUCUGCAGUGAUAAUAAAUAAUGAAAUAAUAAAAAUAAAUGUAUUAAUAUUAUAAAUACUACUAGUACUACUAUUAAUGAUGGUGGAAGGGGUUUCUUUUUUAUCUUGACAUACUGGCCAUUCAGAAUAAGAGAGACAGACUCAGAUAAAUGUGUUUAUCUACACGUGUAUAUAUGUGUUUGUACAUAUAUGAGUGUAUUCUUUUUUUGUUUAGGUAUUAUGUUCUAUCAUGGAACACAUAGUUUUUUGUUUGUUUGAGGUAUUCACAAUCAUUCCACAUAUCGGAUGUUAUCCUUUUAAUUUCCUAUAUCUUUUUUCUUCUACACCUGAUACCCCCAAUGUCCAAUAAAACUCAACUGAUGUAAAUAAUGAGCAAUAUCAUUUAGUUAUUUACAGAUUUAUUUACCCAAUGGACAACACAUAAUCACGACAAUUUAAAAUAACAAUCUCUAAGAUUGAUUUUAAUCCAAUGAUGAUAUGAAAAAAAAUCAUUAUUAAUUAAUUAUUGGCAACAUGAACAUCUGGAGUUAAUUAUUAGAAAUCCUUUUUUCUUCAUUAUCAGUAUCAUAUUAACUAAUUUGAUUUCGUUCAACUCAAUGUUGUUGUUACUUCUGUUAUGUAUUUCAAGUUCAAUUUUAAGUGAAACCACUGCAAAUUCUGGCGUAGUUGAUGUUAUGGAGGAUGCUCGACCUGGGACAAUAAUCAUAGAUAACUUAGAGCAUAGAUUUCCUAUACUCAACAGUGGCGAAUUCAACUCUAAUUAUUUUGCAAUUGGAAACCCAUCAAGUCCUGGAAUAAAUCAUUUGGAAAUACGUCGGCAUAGAUUUGAUAAUUCCGUUCAACUUGUUGUUAAAGAUGGACAAAAUGGUCCAGAUCGUGAGGAACUUUGUGGAGCACGGGAAACUCAGUCCGACUCUCAAAUGCCUUUUUGUGAUAUUACCUUAAUUAUUUUACAUGGUAAACGACAGGAACCAUCAUAUGGAAAAUUAACUCUCCGUAUUCUGGAUAGAAAUGAUAAUAGUCCUAUAUUCACUAAAAGAGACACAACGGAGCUCCGAAUACCAGAGAAUAUAGAAAGUGUUGAUAUGGUUGGCAGCAGCGCUACUAGUCAUUCUCAAAUUUUACAUUCCAACAAUAAACCAACUUCAGGAAACCCAACUACUCUCGAACUGCCUAAAGCCCAUGACAUAGACCUACCAGAGAAUGGAGUCAAAACAUAUCGGCUGACAACCGUUUCAGGUCAUGAAAUAGAUAAGGCACUCUUUAACUUGAUUGUGAAUAAUGAUAACGAAAACAAAAUAGGUAACAGUCUCCCAGUUCCAUUUUUACGCAUUGUUGGCUUACUUGACAGAGAAAAACAAGAUGAAUAUUGGUUUCACUUACUAGCCAUUGAUGGAGGUAACCCGAAAAGAACAGGUACACAGACUAUCCACUUAGUAGUAACAGACAUUAAUGACAACAUUCCAAAAUUUAGAAAACCGAUUUUUCAUUUCCCAACAUUUAUAUCAACUUCAGAUUUGUAUGGUAAUGGUGCUAUUCAGGAAUUUUUGAAAAUCCCGGAAACCCAAACACCUGGUACUCCGAUUGUAACAAUAAUAGCUGAUGAUCCAGAUAAAGAUUUAAAUGGUCAGAUCACCUAUCGUUUCAAGGAGUCGUUAAAUGGCGAUCAAAAUGCAAUUUCAAUGCAAUGGUUUGACUUGGAAACUAACAAUGGUACAGCAAUCUUGAAAGUGGCCAAGAAAAUGGAUGCAGAUGAUCGUCAUGGAGCUAGUUGGUCUGAUUUGAAUAGAGAACACAGUGGUCGUUUAAUAAAGCUGGUUGUAGAAGCUGUGGAUGCUGGAUCACCUUCAUUAACGGGAAGUAUUGAACUAUUAAUUUUAGUUGAGAAUAUUAAUGAUAAUGAACCUGUAAUAUCUGUACAAUAUACACAACCAUUUCAAACUGAAUCUGAAUUUCAUAACAGUGUGAAAGGUAAAAUUGUAGGUUGCUUACAAGAAAAUCAAAAUGAACCAUUAACAAUUGCACAUUUAACUGUAGAAGAUGGUGAUAUUAUUGAGAGCAAUAGUGGGGCUAUCUCAAAUUUGUUAGAAAUUCAUUGUGAAACUAACGAUACAAGGUUUUUGUUAGAAAAAGUAUCUAAUUUAAACUAUGCUGACCGUUCAGAUUCUUAUGGAUUAUCUACUACUCAUUUUGAUUCACCAUUAUUAUUUUAUAAAAUGUCAUCAUUAAAAUCGAUUGAUCGAGAGGCAGAACCAUGGGUUUUUGUGAAAGUAAUUUGUGUCGAUCAAGUACAAGUUAGUUAUGCAUUAAGUGGGUACCAAAAUAUUGGCAAAUUGAUUCAGUCGAGCCGAUUAACUGGAAGUACUACGGUAUCUAUUAAAGUAUUAGAUGUGAAUGACAAUAUCCCCAAAUUUGCCAGUGGUAAUUAUCAAUUCAGUGUUUUUGAGACACCUUCUUUAGCUGUAAAUUUAAUUAAAAAUAUGUUUGAUGAUCAGUCAACGGUUGAAAUCGGUCGAGUAAGUGUAAAUGAUCAAGAUGAGGGAGUGAAUAGCAAAGUUAGUUACAGGUUUUUAUCAGGUGAAAUAGAUGCAUUCAAGAUUGAUGAAAAUACAGGAGUAAUACGGAGAGUAGGUUUUAUAGACAGGGAAAAAGUUAAUCAAAUGGAACUGGUAGUUGAAGCUAAAGAUCAUGGAGAACCAAGUUUAAGUAGUACUACGGUGAUCAAAGUUGAUGUACUUGAUGUAAACGACAAUCCACCUUAUUGGAUUAUGUCUUCUCCAAAUGACAGAGAUAAAGAAAUUCGUCGAAGUGGACCUGAAGAUGGUGUGUAUUACUUUUCUCUAAAUGAAGAUGCUCCUAUAGGUAGUAUAGUAGGGACUAUCAGUGCAGUAGAUACAGAUGGUAUAGCUGAAAGUGAAAUGAUUGAACAAAUUAUAGAAAAACAAAACCCUCCAAAAUUACAAAAAACUAAUUUUGGAAAUUUACUUGGAACAUUAUCUAUCACUUACCAAUUAGAAAAUGAAGGUGAUGGUAAGAUAUUUUCAAUUAAUUCACGCAAUGGAGAUAUACGCCUUAAUAAACAUUUGGAUCGUGAAAUUCGAGCUCAUUAUGAAUUUCGUGCUUUUGCAAUUGAUGAUAUAUUAAAAUCUGUUAAAACAUCACAAAACAAUGCAUAUUUAAUCAACAAAUGGCAACAUCAAUAUACAGCUACAGCUACAAUAAUUAUUACAGUAUUAGAUGUUAAUGAUAAUCCACCAAUAUUUGAAACACCAUUAAAUGGUCAAGAAUUUCAUAUUGAACCUGGUUCUUCAAUGACUACAGCUGGUAGUACAUUAUUCACAGCAAAAGCACAUGAUCCUGAUAUUGGUGAUAAUUCAUUAGUUAGAUAUUCUUUAGAUAAUAAUGGUUAUGGUAUAGUAGAAAUUGAUUCAACAACUGGUGUUUGUUAUUUUCGUGAAACAUUACAAUAUUCAUUAAUGAAUAAAUUAAUUUCAUCUAAUCAAUAUGCAAUCAAUGGUAGAACAUCAAAUCAUUUAACUGAUUCUAAUUUAAUUACUUCAGACAAUUUAAUAACAAAUCGUGCACAUGAAUUACAUUCAUUCAGUUUAAGUCUUACUAUUAUUGCUCGUGAUUUAGGUACACCAUAUUCAUUAAAUAAUACACGUACAGUAAAACUUGUAUGGACAACAGAAUCCCAAAUGAAAUCAUUAAGUAUAUCAAAUAAUGAUUUAAUAAGUAGUAGUAUAUUUGGUAAUUUUGAAUUUUUAUCAGAUAAUCGAAUGACUAUUAAUAAAUUAAUAAUUCCAUUAAUUAUUGGUGCUAUUCUAUUAUUAUUAAUUAUAUUUUUAAUAUUAUUUGGUAUAUUUCAUUGUCGUAAAAAUUCAAAUAAACAAUUAAAUACUACUAAUAAACAUUUAUUAAUAAAUUCAGCAUAUUCAUCAAUAAAAUUAAAUAAAGCGCUUAGUCAAAAUCAUAAAAAUAAUUUAAAUUAUUCAAAUCAUUGGUGUUUAUGUAUAAAUAAAUAUUCUAGAAAAUUAUCAAAACAAGAAAAAGUUGAAGAAUUAAAAAGAUCAAUACAAAUUCUAGAAAAUACUACUAAUAAUACAAUUGAUACUACUAAUAAUAAAAUCAGUACAAAUCAUAAUACACAUAAUAAUUUUAUUGUGAAUGAUUAUGGUGAAUUCAAUACAAGAAAUAGAGAUAAUAAUGAAAAAGAAUUAAUGAAAAAUAGAAAUGUACAAGCUGAAGUAUUUUUGAAAGCAUGUCUACCAGAUUGCGUCCCAUCGGUUACUGAAGGACAAGCCGAUCAAACAUGGACAUGUAGAAAUGAUAAGACACGUUUCAAAUGGAACGAAAUACAAUCCUUUCGUCCAGAUUAUUUUCAAAAACAUCAUGCAUCGAAUAAACGUUUGACUCGUACAUUUUCAGAUGAUUCUGUAGUUAAUGUUCGACAGUUGGAUGGUAAGUAAUGUAAUUGUUUUAUAUAGCAUUUUAAGUAACAUGGUAAUGAAAAAACAUAUUUAUUUACUGGAAUCAUGAACCGACCAAUGUCCGAUCAUAAUUAAAAACCUGGAAGCAUUAGAUGGCCGUUUAAUCCUAGUAUGGGAUUCCUUAACAGUAUGUAUCCUGUGCUAACUGCUACCAUCUUAUCAGAAUAAUUUUCAAUUUUUUUAAAAAUAUGUUUCGUAACACAGUGAAGUAGAAGAUGAAUGGAAAUCUACCGAACGGUAAAACAAAAAUCGUAAUGUAAAACCAUUAAUUCAUGUGUAUAUUGUUUCUUCUACGACAUAAAAAUCUAUAUUUGAAGAAUACAUCAAAUAAGACACCAUAUACGGAAACAGAAUAGAAAAUCAGUUAUUCAUAAAGAAAUUAUUCAUUAAUAACAAUAACAAUGAUGUAGGACAAUUAUCUUUACAUAAUAAACAUGUAUAUCAGUACAAAGAGAAUAUCUGAUCAACAACUAACCCUUUUUUGUUGAUAAAAUAACAUCUUGUUUAUCAACCUUUAGCGAACUGUGACUAAAUUUAGUAUUCAUUAACCGAUUUAUUAUGAAUAGUUGGUAAUUUGCAUUGUUUAAUCCAUCAUAAAUUGAGAUCAUGUGAAAGUAUUCUUUCGAGAUAAUAAAUUACAAUUAACAUAAUCGAAAAGAAAAUUUAUAGAAGGCUCUCACAAAUGAUAAAGUUGUUAUAAAACAUAUGAAUAAUUCAGAAGAUUUAGAAAUUUUCAGCUUCAGAAGGGGAACAUAAUCCGUAGAAGACAAAACGCGUUUAUUAGAGUAAGAAAAAGAUAAUGGAAUUUGGUUGGAUCUAAGCAUAUCUAUGUUUAAUCCUUUGAAGACAUACAGGGUGUUUGAAAGCCGUAAACCGGUACGUGUGGGUUUCAGUGAAACUUUGAUUAGAAUACUGGAAAUCAAGGCACUCUAACCUUACAAGUAUCAUCUACAUAAUAAUGUGGUGUGGGUUACUUAUAACCACAUAAGUAGUAUAUGGUGAUAGUCAGGCAUAGAAUGUAUUUCACUAGAAGAUUGAUAAGGAAAGAAACAAAACGGAACGCAAUCGGUAUGAAAAUGCAUGAGAAAUAAUAAUCGGAGACUAUGAACUGAUAUUUGCAGAAGGAAUGGUCAAGGUUGAGACAACUGAUUAAUAGUUUGCAAAUUAAGUGUUUACUGUAUGGUUGUCGGAUUUUAGUGAGAUAGUCUUUCUUUUCUGAGCUCAAAGCAUCUUCUCUUAGUGUAAUUCCCAAAGGUCUACGUUUUUUAUUUCAUUUGAUGUUCCGAAUGCCCACUAGUUUGGAGACAUGAACAAGAACAACAUAGUUACCUAACGUUCUACAUUUUAAGCAGUUCUCUUACUGAUGAUAACUGAUUCCAUAACACACGAUUUGAAACAACUGAACUUAUCACACAAUAAAAGCUUUGAAAAGAAAAUUUAACUAACUAGCUAUUUUUUUAACCAUUUAUAUUUCUGAUUAUAGUUGGAUAUACAGCAUUAUGUGCUUAUCCAAGUUCACCACAUAAUCAUUCUCAAUUUAUACCGAUUCAACCAGAUAUAAAUUUCGACUCAUAUUACAAUGAACAGAAAACAACCAAUCAUCUCUUAUUCAGUCCAUACUUGAAUAGAAAAUCACAGAUAUCAAAUAGUGAAGCCAGUAAUUUUGAUAAUUCAAAAGUUGUAAUACAUUCAACAGUGUCAAUACCUUUUACACCGUCUGGAUUAUCAACUGGAAAUAGAGUUCUAGCGCUAGGCUCAAUCAUUGAAGCAUCCUCUUCUUACUAUGAUCCAAUAGGUUUAACUAAUACAUGCCAAUUAUCAUAUCCAUCUAUGCAAACAAUUCCAUCUUCCUAUGAUAUUGGACAAAAUUCUAAUGGAUGGAUUGAAAAAUAUGAAGAAUUUGAAAGUGAUAAAGAACUGGCAGCACUGUCAAAACUAACAGAAAAUUCAUGUAAUAAUCGGAAACCGAAAUUGGCAGAUGCAUAUGCAGAGAAUUCUUUUGUUUAAAUUAUACACCUAUUAACUUCAAAUGUUUCCAAACAAUUUGUAUGUUUUUAUUUUAAAUCAUUUCUAGACAUUUUCCUUCAUUUUUCAUAUAAAACGAAUAUCCUCCCAAUCAAAUAUAUACAUAUAGUCUGAAAGUUUUUCAACAAUAAUAGUGGCGAAAUGAAGGUAUUAUGAAUGCAUGUAAUAUUUUGUAGAACAAUGUGAUGUCAUUCUUUUCUUCUUUUGUACUUAUUUCUUUAUUUAUUGAAAUGUUUUUUUAAUUAUUAUUAUCUUGUAUUGUUUCUGUACAGAAAGUGAAACUGAAUAAUAUAACAGUAAUUAAUUCCUUGCAAAUUAUCAAUUAUGAUUAAGUAAUUGCAUGAUAAGUUUGACACCAUAAAUCCCAUUACUUAGCCCAUGUGUCCUUUUAAAGAUGGCACCUAAUGUUCAGUCAUUUAAAAUAUGUAACUAUUUUAAAUUAUGUUCAAGUGUAAAAGUAUACAGUAUUUUAAAAGCAUACCAAAUGAUAGAUUACUUCAGUGUUAUCAUUUUAUAGGAUAUAAAUCAUUACCAUAUUACUUGCCAUAAGAGUUUGUUUCAUCAUUUAUCUACAAAGAAUCAUAAGGAUUAAGCUGUAAUUUUAAGUGUAAAAGUACAUUAAUCUAUCAAGUUAUCAGGUCCAUAGUACUAAUCGAACCCUAUCAAUUAACUUAUCAAUGUGACUAAGCAUAUAAGUAAUCCAACAUCGUUUUUGUCAUAACUUGAAUGAUGACUUAAUUGAGUGUAACACUUUCCACUGAAAUAAACCUUAAGGAGGAUGUAUAUUUUAUACAACCAAGUGAAAUUGUAAGUAAAUUUUCUUAUUAAUGUUGGUUGAACAAAUAGUAGGAAAAUUAUUUUGGUGACUUAAAAUAUCCAGUCAGCUGUAAUGUAGGAUCAGGCUCAUAUAUGCAUCGAUCCAUGUUGCCGUACUUCAUUUGCACCACAAGAUGAACGUCAAAUUCAUAGAAACAGCUACUUCAAUGGUAGUAUUAUAUGAAAAAAAAGAUUGUAUAUAAGGAUAUGACACAGGGAGAGAGAAUUAGCUCGUAGAAAGAAAGGUAUAAAGUGAUUUUAAUCUCGCGGUUUAAGGGAAAAAUAAACGCUAUCUGCACUUUUUUCAUGUAUUAUUCUUGUUCAACAGAAAAAAACAUCACUUUAAAGUAAGAUCAUGUCUACUAAUCUAAAUUUAUUGAAACGUCCAUCUUGCAACAAUAAGAAUUUAAAUUAUCGUGACCUAUGUAUUGACAUUCAUUACCAGAUAAAGCAUUCCACAACUUUCAUCAACUUCCCAAAAUAUCUACAGAACGAUUAAUAACCCAGAAUAAACUUGGAUUUUCGCCUUAGAUUUCUCAAAACAACCAUAAAAACCUUAUAUACACACAUUUCUUACUUUUAUCAUAACGCAUAAAAAUCAAAAUAUAACUCCAAUCAGAUGGUGGUUAGAGGUAGUCAAUAAGAAAUCC